AAGUUCAAAGUUCGUAUCUAAGGAGUGGUUUUCUAGGUCGAUAAAGUAGUCGACGGAGAUCGUGAAUGUGUUAGAGUGUUCGGUCUAUUCUGAUAUCUUCUCAGUGAUACUUUCAUAGUAGUGAAAAAAUAAUUGCGAUGUCUCAUAUGAAAGGAGGCAGAAAAAAUCAUUCUCACGGCAGUAAAAAGGGCCACCUCGGCGAGAAAGGAAAAGAGAUAGCGCAAAAUGUCGACGAAGAUAGUCUGGUCAUGCGACAAUUCCGAGCUUAUGGAGCGGAAUUAGAUGACAAAAACGAUCGCUUCGAGAGGAUUUUGAAAAUUUGUAGAGACAUCACGAUAGAAAGUAAAAGAAUCAUCUAUCUUUUACACACCAUAGACAAUGAAAGCAAACAAGGAAGUAUAUUGAAUCAGGCUAAGACAAAACUACAGAAUGUUGCACAGAAUCAUUUUAAACGCAUUGCACUGGAACUUGAGAAGGAAGGUCCUUAUCAAUAUUUAAAAGCAUAUCGUAGUAGUUUAGAAGAAUACAUAGAAGCAGUUACCUUUUACCAAUAUUUGCAUAAUGAUGAAUUGGAAGGUUGGUCAGAAAUAGAAAAAAUGAUCACUUACACGAUUACAGACAAACCUGAACCAAGGACUAUACGUACUUUGGUCACACCACGCGAAUAUAUCUUAGGAAUAGCAGAUCUGACUGGAGAACUAAUGCGCAAAUGUAUCAAUAAUUUAGGAACACAAGAUAUUGACAAUUGUUACCAAAUAUGCAACUUUGUCAAAAAGAUGUAUACAGGUUUCCUUAGUUGUACACAUUUUUCUAAUAAAGAAAUGAAUAGGAAAUUAUUCACACUCGAACAGAGCCUUCAUAAAAUAGAAAAUGUUUGCUAUAUCAUUAAAGUCAGAGGUUCUGAAAUACCAAGGCACAUACUUAUAGAUGUAGCAACUGAGAACUAUGCAGAAAGUGAUGAAGGAUAUCAGGGGUAUUAAUUAAUUGCAAACAUUCUAAAGUGAUACAAAUAUUACAAGUAUUCAUUAAACUUCUUCAUUUGUACAAUUUAUAAUAUUCACUUAACAACAUUUGUAUAAAAUUUAUUCAUCAAAUUAGCUGUAUACUUAUAUUUCCAUUAAUAUAUAAAAAUACUGCCUUUUCUUACAA